AUGAGAACUCUCGGAAAGUCCAUACGCACUGCUACUGUUGAAGCGAGGAAUUGGAAACAAGAUCUGUACAAAUUCCUUCGGCAAUACCGUGCUACACCCCACUCCACCACAAACAUCUCACCAUGUGAAGCCCUCAACCAGAGGAAACUCAAGACGACCUUACCUGAACCAGACCUCCCAAGAGUUAUAUAUGAUGAUAUACAAAGAAAGAUGGAAAGAAGAGACGCUGAACAGAAGUCGAAGCAGAAGUUGUAUGCUGACAACAAAUCACGUGCAAGAGAAAGUUCGCUUAGCCCUGGAAUGGUAGUCUUGGUGAAGCAACCUAAGCAAAACAAGUUGAGUACGCCAUUUGACCCAAACCCAUUUGUGGUGAAAGAGAAGAAAGGGACUAUGGUGAUAGCUAGUAAUGAUCUCAAGACCGUGACGCGAAACUCAUCCCAGUUUAAAGUUAUCCCACCAGAGCUGAACCCUGAAAGAAACCAAGAAAAGCAAGGAAACGAAGCACAAACUGAGAAUCCACCAUCUGUAGCUAAUCCCAAUCAAGAUGAAAUAACCGAAUCGUUAAGAAGAUCAAAUCGACAAAGAAGACAACCCGCAAGAUUCACGGACUAUGUCACAACCAUCAAUUAA